AUGUUGGUUCAUGACUACGAACUUUUUCAGAUGAAAGAAGGAGAAUCUAUUGAAGAGAUGUUUGCCAGAUUUAGCAAAAUCAUUAGCGAUCUUAAAGCUUUUGGCAAACCAUACUUAAGUGGUGAUCAAGUUAGGAAAAUUUUGAGAAGUCUACCCACUACUUGGCAGACAAAAGUGGUUACACUUGAAUCACAGGAUUUGAACAAAUUAUCAUACGAUGAACUUCGAGGAGAACUUAUAGCCUUCAAGAAAACUCAUCUCAAGAAAACAAAACAAGAAGAAAAGAAGAAAACAGCUGCUUUCAAGGCUACAACUGAAAGAGCAAACAAUGAUAUUAAUGACGACCCUGAAGCUCUUCAAGAAGAAAUUAUCAUGGGUGCUGGACAGAUGAGGACACUUCAUAUGACGAAUGCAAAAAUGACAAUGAGAAUUGUUUCAUGGCGCGAGGUGAAACAAGCGAGGUUUCAGUCAGCUCCUAAAGAAUCACAUCUGACUACAGUAAAGAGAAUUAUUCGAUAUCUCACUGGAACUAUUUCUCACGGAUUAUGGUAUCCACGCUCUAACAAUUUUAAACUAGAAGGUUUUUCAGAUGCUGAUCUUGCAGGUGAUAAGGAAGACGAAAAAAGCACCAGCGGAACAUAUCAAUUACUUGGAAAAGCAUUGAUAUCUUGGAACAGUAAAAAGCAAGGAUCAACUGCACUAUCCACAACUGAGGCUGAGUAUAUCGUCAUUGGAUAA